UGCGCAGUAUAUCAGUUGCUAGAUUUUGUAGUGUAUUAUUGUGAAUAGUUUUUGUUGGCUGUUUUGUUUAACGUUAUUUGAAGCAGUUAAUAUUUUUAGAAAUUGGCCGAAUGCUUUGAUUCCAUUGUGUCGUGACGGAACGUUGCAAAGAAAAAAAAAUAGGUUUGACGUUUGUUUGUUUUGAUUUUGAGGUUAUGUAUGUUGUGUUUUGCAGUGCAGUGUGCAGUAGACUCGCUUUCAUAAACCGUAAUAUUACAGAUUUAAUCUGUUAAAUUGCUUAUUCUAUGGCUCCGGGGAAGAAAGGAGCUGUUCGUGGAAAACCAUCCAACAACCACGUUCAACGAAAUUAUGCGGAAAGAUUUAGUGAAUUAAGUGUCCAGUCUUCCGAUGAUAGCGACGGCAGCAGUUCCAACGAUGAAGGGCAUGAAGCAUCAUUUACCGUCAGCAUGUGGGAUCUCAACCACUGUGACCCAAAGAAAUGUUCAGGAAGAAAAUUACUGAGACACAAUUUGAUAAAGAAUUUAAAACUUGGACAACGUUUUCCCGGCCUCGUCUUAUCGCCUGUUGGUACUCAAUGUGUAAGUCCUAAUGACAAAGAAAUCAUAGAAAAGUUCGGGUUGGCCGUGAUAGACUGUUCAUGGGCUAAAAUAGAUGAAACUCCAUUCACCAGAAUGAAGUCACCACACCCACGACUGUUACCUUUCCUUGUGGCUGCAAAUCCAAUCAACUACGGAAAACCCUACCAGUUGAGCUGUGUUGAAGCUUUAGCAGCAGCUAUGGUCAUAACUGGACACAAGAAAGAGGCGCAGUUCUAUUUAUCUAAAUUUUCAUGGGGCCAUUCAUUUCUUGAACUCAAUUCAGAUGCAUUAGAUUUGUAUGCAGCAUGUACAGAUAGUAAGAGUGUUUUAGAGGCACAGGCUAAGUAUCUAGAUGAUGUUGGGAAAGAAAAAGAUGAUCGGCCAAUGUGGCCUCCAUCGGAAUCCGAAACAGAAUCUGAAGAAGAAAAAUCAUAGUACCUUUUGUAUGAAAUGAUAUGAACUUCUUAUUAUUGAUUGUAUAUAUUUUAUAGGAAACAAAUAAUAUCAACAAAUAUAUUUUUAAAUAAUAAAUUAUGUUACACAUUGAAUGUUUUUUUUAAAGAACUUCUAAGACUCAGUGCUGAGGUCUUGGAGCAUCUUUUUCCUGGCUAUACAGGUUAUGAGAAGCAGCAGUAGUUUAAGGCCGAUGAGACAUAAUAUUAUGUUAAGUAAAAAAAUAUGCUUCAAAGUUUAACUUUGAUACC